AUGCGAUGUCGUUUUUGCGAAGGAAAUUUUGGUUUGGCCGAGAGGCUUUCUUCGCACAGAAACUUUGCUGGUGGCGAACAGCACUUCAACGUACCUUUCAACAACCAUCAACGACCUUCAUACACCAUGACGAGAUACACAAAGCUCGACGGAAGGCGCUCGCUCGCCAAGAAGACCGUAGACUCGGAUAGCGAACCCGAACUCGAGUCCACCGCACCUGUGACGCCUGCCAAGGUUGAGGUCCAACCUCCUGUCUCUGAGGCUGCGCUCGACACACCGUCCAAGGAAAAGAAGAAGAAGGACCAGAAGGAAAAGAAGGACAAAAAGGAUAGGAAGAGCAAAGAGGACAAGACUGAGGAUGACGAUGCCACUGCCGCCGCUGAUGAUGCAGAGCCAAGAGAUGACGUCGAAUCUGCAGAGCCAGUCGCAUCCACAUCUGCCUCUGCCUCGACCGAAGUCGACGCAGACACCACCACCGUCGCAGCCGAUCCCACAACCCCAGCUGCCGACGCCGAGCCACCAACGAUCGAAAAGCUCCUCAAACGAGCCAAGCUGCUCAAACUGAAAGCCAAGAAAGCCAAAAACGAGGAAAGCAAGAAGCGGUUCCAACGCAUGACGCGCGAUAUUGAGCGUCAAGUCGAGCAGAUGUUUGGCUCGUUCGAGUAUGGUCCCAAAGGUCAGCUCAUUCGUCUUGGUGCAGCACAAAGCGACACCAUGUGGCAGUCACGACAGAAAGGCGGAGAUUGGUCCGCCCCUGCUUCCUCCCACUCUCUCGGCGGUGAUGGCGGAUGGGGUGCGCGUGGCGGUCAACACUCUUCUUCCUCCAACAACAACUUCAACUCUGACCGUUCAUGGGGUAACAACAAGACGGACGACGAACGACGAAUGGAUCGAAGGGAUGCACGUCGAGAAGAACGAGCGGAACAACGACAAUCCAAACUCAAAUGUUUCGCCUGUCGAGGCAUGGGUCACUCGGCCAAAGACUGCCCCAACGCACUCGAUGCGCAAUCCAUCUCACUCAAAUCCGACACCGGUGGCACCACCACCGAUUCGCCCAUGAUUGGUCGCGAUGCAGUCGGCAUCUGCUUCCGAUGCGGCUCCACCGAACACACUCUCUCCAAAUGUCGAAAACCCGCGCUCAAAAAUGACGAGCUCCCCUACGCAACCUGCUUCAUCUGCCACUCGAAAGGCCACCUCUCCUCGAAAUGUCCCAACAACGCCGGUCGAGGUGUCUAUCCUGAAGGUGGUUCGUGUAAGCUCUGUUCGAGCGUCGAACACUUGGCCAAGGACUGUCCUCUGGCUUUGAGGAAUGAAGGAAAGAGUCACAAGAUGGAUCGUGAGGCCAAAUCGUUGGUCAACCAGGUGAUUGUAGGAAGCACAAAGGAUUCCAGUCAAGCUGGAGGAGAUGAGGACGAUUUCCACAGUUUUGCGAGGAAGAGAGCUCAGGUGGAUGGUGAGGCAAAGGCGGAUAAGAGGGAGGGAAAGAGGCUCAAGAAGGACGCAAAGGUGGUUUCCUUCUGA